GCUUGAGCCGCCAUUUUGACUGAGCAACCAUAGUGACAGUAGCCGGAGCAGCAGCUCAGUUUGUCUCCGUUUCCCCUCCCCCUUCCCUUUUCCGGCUGACUUCCCGGGCCCUUCACUGCACAGUCCUGGUCCUGCCAUGUCCCAGAAACAAGAAGAAGAAAACCCUGCGGAGGAAACCGGCGAGGAGAAGCAGGAUACACAGGAGAAAGAAGGUAUUCUUCCUGAGAAAGCUGAGGAAGCAAAGCUAAAGGCCAAAUAUCCAAGCCUAGGACAAAAGCCUGGAGGCUCCGACUUCCUCAUGAAGAGACUCCAGAAAGGGCAAAAGUACUUUGACUCAGGAGACUACAACAUGGCCAAAGCCAAGAUGAAGAACAAGCAGCUACCGAGUGCAGGCGCAGACAAGAACCUGGUGACCGGUGACCACAUCCCCACCCCACAGGACCUGCCCCAGAGAAAGUCCUCGCUCGUCACCAGCAAGCUUGCGGGUGGCCAAGUUGAAUGAUGCUUCCUGGGGCUCCACCAGAUCGUGAGACGCUGCCCACUCGGGUCCUGUGCUGGCUCCUGCCCCUCCCUGCUUUUGUAGUCAGGGGUCAGGAGAUGGCCCGGGUGCAGGCCAGAGAGGCAGAGACCCUGCCCACUGGUGUCCCAGCACAUGGAGCCCCUUGGGCUGAGCACCAAGACCUUGAACUUUUUUUGUUGUUGUUGUUUUACCUUUUUUUCCCCAAGUAACUGUUGGGAGAAAACCCAAUGAUAUCCCAAGGGUGGGGUUGAAAGGGUGGAGUGAAGAUGUGGGGGAAUGAGUGAGGGGUUAUAAUUUCCUAUCACUCUCCUGAACUGCAGGGUUGCUGUGGGAUUGCUAAAGUGAAGGGAUUGUCAGCAGACCAUGGUGAGGGCUUGGUUCCACUCUGACGGGAGAGGCACUCUUUGAAUGUGGCAGGUAACCUAGUGUCAGGGAAGGAAUUGUGCUCUGUACAGCAGGCAGGUCUCUGCUUCUGCAGCCCAAGUUAAGGAUUCAGUAUGAGUUGUUCCUUAGGAAAAAAUGCUGUCCUUGAAAUAGGUUUGCUGUAUGAAGAAGGGCAGUGAAUGGGGAGCCCCACAGAGCCCUGGGGAAUUUUUUUCAGAAUUUGAAAUAAAACAACAAAAUACCCACGGAAAAAACCAAAACUAGAACUAU